AACUGAUAUAAUACCCGAAAGGCUGCUCUUAUUAGGAGUUAAUUCUACAUGAUCGGAUUAAGUUAAAAGACGUCUCCCGAGACCCGAGAAUCAACAAACGGAACAUUGAUGGAAAUCAUCAUCAGAGAUUAGCCGUAAUGUCACGCUCGUUCUAAACAGCACUCAUGGGGCUUAAUUAAUAUAACAGACAAAACUGUCAUCAAAAGUAUAUAAUAUUUAUUGAUUUGUUAUUUCUGUUUAAAGAACAUUGUUCGUGAGUCUUUUGAAAAACUCUUUAGAACAAUGCAUCAGAUGGUAGCAACAAACGGCGGUUUCCACAGUAUUAACGCUUUGUUAGGAAUAAGAGAAGAUAACUUCUUAGGACAAAACUGUGCGGAAAAUAAUUCACAUCAUCUCCAGUUCCAAAGACAUCAGGAAAAACUUCAUCAGCAAAAGAUACAGAUGAAAAGAGAUGCUUUUAAGAACUUGAAAUUUCAAGAAAAGAUAAGUAAACUGAGGAAAGAGCAGGACAGAUCUGAUGAUGAUAAAAGCGAUGAUUCAUCUGAUCCGAGGAAAAAGUCAAGACGAAAUAGGACAACAUUCACUACAUACCAACUACAUGAAUUAGAAAGAGCUUUCGAAAAAUCCCAUUAUCCAGAUGUAUACAGUCGCGAAGAGCUGGCUUUAAAAAUUAAUCUUCCGGAAGUUCGUGUUCAGGUAUGGUUCCAGAACAGGAGAGCAAAAUGGAGAAGACAAGAAAAAUUAGAAAGCUCAAGUCUAAAAAUAAACGAUAAUUUCCCGUUAAGUUCAUUAUCAAGCAAAACCUCAUGCAGUUUUGGUUCUUCACUGCCACUUGAUCCUUGGAUGACUGCGCCUAUAUUGAAUUCCGGAAAUCCAUCAAUGACAUCCUUAGCCACGCCCACAUCUAUUACAGGUGGUAUUUCUUCAUAUGCUCCUUUCAUUGCAUCGUCAAUUUUCAACACAACAAAUUCAAAUUUACAUAGUUAUCAAAAUGGACUGAAUGGUAUUGCCAAAGUGAGUGACAUGGACCCUAGAAACUCAAGCAUCGUAUCUCUGAGAAUGAAAGCCAAAGAACAUGCUGACAAUUUUGACCGGAAAUAUUGAAAUCUUAAUACCGCAGAUAUUGGAUAUAGAUUAUGUUACACUUUUAAGUGCUUAUUAACUUUUAAAUUAUUUUAGUUCAUAUAAUAUGGCAAAGAUUUUGUUGUUUUUGAGGGGGAAACUUGUGUUUUAUUAUAGUAUUAAACGCCUGUUUAAAGGAAUUUAUUGGUGUAUAAACUUAACGAAUUCACCGUCACAAACAAACAUGUUUGUGAAUGACUUAGUCCAGUCUAUAUGAUACUGUGUAUAGCAAAUUUUGCAGAACUUAAUUCCAUUGGCAUUGAAUUUUACUAUCAAUGAUUAACAGUACCUUUGUUCAACACUUUGUUUCUCUAAAUACCAUGUAUGUGUGUCGUUGUGUUGCAGUCUCAUUGACCUAUACAUCUCAGAGACGAACCAGAGCAGGUAUAAUUUUGUCAAAGUAAUCAGGUUAUUUUUGGCUACAAACCGUCAAAACACCACCUCAGGUAGUGAGUUGGAAUCUUCAGUAGCUUCCUACAAAACAACUGUACAUUCAAAAUGACUACAUUUAUGUUGUGACAAUACUAUGAAGUGAAAUGUGGUGUUCCUGUAAAUAUUCUAAUGUUUAAAUAUUA